AGGAGAUGGAGAAGAAGAAAUUUGCUCGUCGAGCUGACACUUUUCUACUGAGGAUCGGUAUGGGCCGGGUGAGGGGUGCGCUUCUGCGGCAUCAGCGGGUAGUGAGGAUGUCUCUCCUCGCUUUGUGUGUGGUGGUCGUCGGCGCGCAGCUCCGCUGGGUGGUAUUUGGCGGCCCAACUACGUUCGAAAGUCUGUGCGCGGCUAUAGAGAAGAAGAGGUCUUACGUGGAGCUGAGGGGGACGGUGGUACUUCGCGGCAAUUUGCCGGCGAUCGCUCACUCGAUGACGAUCGCGGGAAAGUCGAAGUCUGCGCGGAUAAAGUCGGAUUUUCGCGGGAAAUUUCGACUCUUCGUUGUCCGAGGCGCGGGAGUGACCUUGGUGCUCAAGGAUAUGGAGUUGAGCGGAGGCCAGGCAGCCAAGAAGAGUUCCAAAGAGGCCAAGAAGAUGCCCAUGCUGGCCGACGGGGGUUCGGUAUUAGUGUACGGAGGAGCCUCGGUGGAAUUGCACAACGUCUUCUUCAACCACAGCAAAGCGGCCAACGGAGCCGCCAUAGCCGCCCACGACGCAAGCUCGGUGACUGUACGGAACUGUCGGUUCCUGAACAAUGCAGCCUGGAACACAGGAGGGGCGAUCUACUUGACGAACAGGUCCACAGUCUGGACCUGGAGCAGCAGCUUCGAGAGGAAUAAGGGGUCGGUCAAGGGGGGGGCAGUGCAUGCGAACCAGGGGUCGUUCUACAGGUCGGUAGGGUGCAUUUACAGGAGGAAUGCGGUGAAAGAGGAGGGGGGAGGGGGGUGGGUGGUGGGUGGGGAGGGCACCAUGGCUGAGUCCAUUGAUGACUUGUUCUUCGAGAAUAAAGCACAGUACCCAUCUGCCAAAGGAGGCGGGGUAAUUGUCAAGCACAAGGGCAAGCUCUAUGUGUCCAACAGCCGGUUCGUGGGCAAUAAAGUCCCGACCGAUGUCGGAAAUAGCAUUUGGUUGGAACCGGGCGGCGCCCUCGGUCUGCUGGAAGGAACGCCGGAGGCGGUCGUGGAAUGGCCAGACGACGUACCUGGUCCGACUUUUGCUCGAAAUUCGGCUGACGUGCAACUGCCUUCCAAAGGAUUCAUGGGACGGUAGCAGUCGAAGUACCACCCAGUUAGAACGUAGGAAAAAGAAGAAAGUUCAUCAGAGAUUCGUGUUGCUCCUUUCCUUCUUUUCCUCUUUUUUUUUUUUUUUUUUUUUUUUUGUUUUAAACCAUCCUGAGCCUAAUAGUGCUUCGUGCUGCUGCUGUUGUUGUUGUUGUUGCUGUUGUUGUUGUUGUUGUUGUUGUUGUAAUUGAAGUAGAGAGCUAGAAAAUGCGAAGAAGAACGGCCAUCAGCGAUUUCGUUUUUUUUUUCCCCUCAACAAAGGGAACGGAGAGUC